AUGGAAAGCUCUAAAACUGACAGUGACGAUAACUUUCAAUCGCCUGAAAGUGGUACGCACGGUGGGAAACGACGUGGUUCUGGGAGGAAACGCAAGCAUGAGGAAGGCUACGAGAACGUACGUACGAAGUGCGAUUUGGAAGACCAUUUCCUUGCACAAUGAAUACAAUGAUGUCUAUGACCUGUGGAUGGAUGUACGCGAAAUUCAUCAACUCCAAUGACAAGUCGAGUAAGCCAUCAUCAAGCAACAAUUUUACAUCAACUCGAAGGCAAUUAAAAACACAACUUUUUAAUUCAGGUAUUUAUACUUUUCUCUCAUACGUAUGCCUUUUUAAUACUCGCCUAUGUGUUUUAAAUUUAUGAAUGAUAUAUACAGUGAACUGAAUAUAUAAUAGUUUAUAUACAAGAUUUUAAUACUACUGCAUGUUCCUAUUUUCUAUUGUCACUGUAUUGGGCCUAUAAUUGGCCCAUUAAUAGCUAUACCCAUCAUAGAACACAUGGCGGUAUUUGCUUUCCUAGACCUUGCUACCAUUUCAUCUCGAAUAUUUUUCUUGUUUUAUCUCUUGAAUUAUACUUUUAUAUGAUUUAUUCCUUCAUAAAUUCAUAUGUAUUCGGCCAUUUAAAUAUAUAGCCCCUCCCCCCCCCCCUAUUGAGGGGUCCCUUCAUAAUCCCCUUAGGAUAUAAAAAUUUAGGGCCCCUUUGGGUGCGAUUUUUUUAAGUUACCCCAUGGAUAUAUUUAAACCCCCUUUAGGACAUCAUAUUUGCCCCCUUGGAUAUCGGUAUGGAGUAUGCAGCCGUCGUCGUUGGAGUAUAAAGACAGCUAAAAGAUGGAAACCAGUGAUUGUUGAGAAGAAUUACUGAGCUACAUUCCCAUUCUGAGUGCUCAUGUGUUGAAAGAGGCAAGCAAAGAGUUUCUGAAGAAAGUAAAACCAUCCACAUCUGAUCAAGAUCCAACGAAAAUAGCCCCAACAAUUGCCAGUCUACCUGCUACCUCAUACCACAAGAUUUUAGAUUACAGUAGAUAUACAACCUUUUCAAGCUUCUGAUAAUAACGUCAUUUGGCCUGGGAGCCUUGAUCUCAUGAAUCGUGUGCCAAUCAGCUUCCAUAAUUUACUAAUGAAAGCGAGGCUCCAAGACCAAAAAGUAUGUGUGGCAUAAUUAUCGAAAGGGUGUAUUGUCAGAACUACUGAGUACUUUGAUAGAAAAAACUUAUCAGUGCAUAAUACUUGCUCUGAAAAACAGUAAACAGUUUAAAUUGUCUAUUUGUACAUUCGACUAGUAAGUAAGUUGUCUUUCUGGAAUGAUCUCUCUUGAAGAUGACUAUCACAAUUAUUAUGUAUGCGAAGUGUAAUUUGAUACCCGUCUAUUCAGAUGAAGCAUCGAGCGGUAUAUUUGACACACGGCGCGGCUGGCCGAAUUUCACAUUUUUACACGCGUUCAAUGCUAUGGAAAGCUCUAAAACUGACAGUGACGAUAACUUUCAAUCGCCUGAAAGUGGUACGCACGGUGGGAAACGACGUGGUUCUGGGAGGAAACGCAAGCAUGAGGAAGGCUACGAGAACGUACGUACGAAGUGCGAUUUGGAAGACCAUUUCCUUGCACAAUGA